AUGAAUAUCGAAGGUCAUGUCAGAAACUUUGAAACACAUGAACUACCAGCAAUGUUAGAUAAAAAAGCAGAUAAAGAACAUACACAUAACUCCUUCUCAACUGUUGCUAUAGAAAGUAUUGAAGGAACGGUUGGCGGAACUGGUGGGGAUGCAUUAUAUUAUAAACCUCCUAACUUUCCACAAGGUUUAACAUCGAAUGAAAACAUAACAACGAAGAAAGAAAUUAGCUGUAAAAAUGUUUAUGUCAUGGAUGAUGAAAAUAAUGUUAAAUUCACUGCUCAAGAUUUAUAUGAUAAGAAAGCAGACAAAACAGAGCUUCAAACAUUAAAGACUGAAAUACUUCAAACAUUAUAUCCUGUUGGUUCUAUUUAUACGUCAAUGAACUCAACAAAUCCAGAAACAGUUUUAGGUUUUGGUACGUGGAAGCAGAUUGUAGAUAAAUUCUUAUACUGUGCUAGAUAUUCAAAGCAAACAGGAGGUUCGAAGAAAAUUAAAGAAGCAAACCUUCCACCGCACACUCAUACAGGAACUACAAACUUUUCUGGCGACCAUAGCCACUCAUUAAGAGACCACCCAUUAUACAACUCAGAGUAUGAAGCUGGCAAUGACGUUUUAUCUCCAUCUUAUAACAAUGCAGCAAAAAAGAUUUUUCGACCAACUGAACCAGGAGGAAAUCAUUCACACACUUUCACAACAAAUCCAACAGGCUCGGGUGCAGAUUACAUGCCACCAUUUGUGACUGUAUUUGCAUGGUACCGCGUUCAAUGA